UCUCUCCAUUUCCGCCUCCUAGAAAAAGCAAGCCAGUUGCUACUGCUGCUGCACGCGAUUCGCAGCAAAAGGCAACUCAAGUCAAGUCGCGUCCCCGCACCUCCCCACCAUUUUCUCUCUCUCAUUUUAAUUUAUACAUUUCCUUUUAUUGCCAAUUUAUUUAUUUAUUUAUUUAUUAAAUUUCUUUAAAUACUCACUCCCCCGGUGGCGGACAAAAUGGAGGACCUGCUACUGCUCAGUCGCACUAGCACCAUCGUCGUCCCACUACGUGCAGCAUCUUCUUCAUCGUCGCUCCCGCCCCGUCGUCGCUCUCGCCUUCACGCGCCUCCAUCGGGAGCCGCGUCGCUCGGCCGCUCGCGCUCCUUAAAGCGUCCUCUCCGUCCUCCGCCCGAUCGCCUCUUCUCCGCCGCCGCAGCAGCAGCAGCAGCAGCUCCGUCGUCGUCGUCUCCGUUCAGAGACGGGUCGAGAUUGAAAACUAAAAUGACUAUUCGAGAAGGUCAGGCGGUUGCUGCGGAUGUCACUGCGGGAGAUAUGAUCUUUGAGCCUAUUUUGGAGGAAGGAGUUUUCCGCUUCGAUUGUUCUGCAAACGACAGAGCCGCGGCAUUUCCUAGCCUUUCUUUUGUCAACGGCAAGGAUAGGGACACGCCAAUAACAAUUCAUCAUGUCCCAUCUUAUAUCCCGACUUACCAAUGUCUCUUUGGCCAGCAGAUUGUCAAACUUGAGCUACCUGCUGGGACCAGUUUUUACGGGACUGGCGAAGUCAGUGGACAGCUUGAGCGCACUGGAAAAAGAGUGUUUACAUGGAACACAGACGCAUGGGGUUAUGGCCCCGGUACUACAUCUUUGUACCAAUCUCAUCCUUGGGUGCUAGCUGUUCUUCCGAGUGGAGAGUCACUGGGGAUUCUUGCUGACACGACACGUCGUUGUGAGAUUGAUCUGAGAAACAAGUCAAUAAUACAGUUCACGGCUCCAUCCUCAUACCCUGUCAUUACAUUCGGUCCAUUUGCUUCACCUGGCGCAGUUUUAACAUCCUUGUCUCAUGCAAGUGGAACCGUGUUUAUGCCACCAAAGUGGUCCUUAGGCUAUCAACAAUGCCGCUGGAGCUAUGACUCUGAUAACAGAGUUAGAGAGAUCACAAGUACAUUCAGAGAAAAGAAGAUUCCUUGUGAUGUCGUAUGGAUGGAUAUAGAUUAUAUGGAUGGGUUUCGCUGCUUCACUUUUGACAAGGACCGCUUCUCUGAUCCAAAAUCUUUGGUAGAUAGUCUCCACCGAGACGGGUUUAAAGCCAUCUGGAUGCUUGAUCCUGGUAUCAAACGCGAAGAGGGGUAUUUUGUCUUUGACAGUGGUUGCAAAAGUGAUGUCUGGAUAAAAGCAGCAGAUGGGACUCCAUUUGUUGGUACUUUGCUGGAGGUGUGGCCUGGUCCUUGUUUUCCCGACUUUACACAGUCAAAAGUCCGUCACUGGUGGGCUCAGUUAGUUCAGGAUUUCAUUUCUAAUGGAGUUGAUGGUAUAUGGAAUGAUAUGAAUGAACCGGCUGUCUUUAAGUCUGUGACGAAGACCAUGCCUGAGAGCAACAUUCAUAGGGGAGAUGAUGAACUUGGAGGUGUCCAGAAUCACUCACACUAUCAUAAUGUUUAUGGAAUGCUGAUGGCUAGAUCUACGUAUGAGGGCAUGAAAUCAUCUAAUGAAAACAAACGUCCUUUUGUCCUUACUAGAGCUGGAUUUGUCGGUAGCCAGAGGUAUGCAGCUACUUGGACUGGUGAUAACCUUUCAAACUGGGAGCACCUGCACAUGAGCAUCUCAAUGGUACUUCAGCUGGGUCUCAGUGGUCAACCACUUUCAGGACCUGAUAUCGGUGGAUUCGGAGGAAAUGCGACACCCAAGCUUUUUGGAAGGUGGAUGGGUAUAGGUGCAAUGUUUCCAUUCUGUCGUGGACACUCUGAAAUGGACACCAAUGACCAUGAGCCUUGGUCAUUUGGUGAGGAGUGUGAGGAAGUCUGCCGCCUGGCACUGAAGCGGCGCUACCGCUUUCUUCCCCACAUAUAUACUCUUUUCUACAUGGCUCAUAAAACGGGCACUCUUGUGGCAAGUCCGACCUUUUUCGCUGAUCCCAAAGAUCCCAGGUUAAGGACACUGGAAAAUUCAUUUUUAUUAGGGCCACUCUUGGUUUGUGCAAGCUCUAUGCCACAUCAGGAAUCAAAUGACUUGCAGCAUGUGUUGCCCAAGGGUAUUUGGCUGACCUUUGAUUUCGAUGAUGCACACCCGGAUCUGCCCUUAUUAUUUCUACAAGGUGGUUCAAUCAUUCCUUUGGGUCCUCCCCACCAACAUGUUGGUGAAGCUAAUCUUUCAGAUGACUUGACACUCCUUGUGGCUUUGAAUGAGCACGGGACCGCAAAGGGCAUUCUUUUUGAAGAUGAUGGUGAUGGAUAUAAGUAUUUGGAGGGAGAAUAUCUGCUAACUCACUAUAUUGCAGAACGUGAAUCUUCACUGGUUACCAUAAGAGUGUACACAGAAGAAGGUUCAUGGAAGAGGCCAAAACGUCGUCUGCAUGUAAUGUUGUUACUAGGUGGAGGGGCAAUGGUUGAUGCGUGGGGCAUGGAUGGCGACACUAUCCAAAUAACAUUGCCUUCAGAGGACGAAGUGUCUAAGAUGGUAGCUGCAAGUGAGAAGAAAUAUAAUGCACGCUUAGAGAGCUGUAAGCGCAUUCCAGACGUUGAAGAGAUCUCAAGCCAUAAGGGUGUAGAACUUGCGAGGACCCCUAUUGAGCUAAAAAGUGGGGAAUGGAUAGCCAAAGUUGUUCCUUGGAUUGGGGGAAGGAUCAUAUCAAUGGAGCAUGUCCCUUCAGGUACACAAUGGCUUCAUAGCAGAAUUGAAAUCAAUGGAUAUGAAGAGUAUAGUGGAAGAGAGUAUAGGUCUGCUGGAUGUACUGAGAACUAUACUGUCAUCGAGAGAAAUCUUGAGCAUGCUGGAGAGGAGGAAUCUCUUAUGAUGGAAGGUGAAAUUGGUGGUGGACUGGCUAUUCAACGACUCAUAUCUAUCAGAAAGGACAACCCUAAGGUGUUUCGAAUUGACUCUAGCCUUGUAGCCAGGAAAGUUGGUGCUGGUUCUGGUGGAUUUUCAAGGUUGGUCUGCUUGAGAGUACACCCCACAUUCACCCUGUUGCACCCUACAGAAUCUUUUAUCUCAUUUACAGCUGUGGAUGGUUCUAAGCAUGAACUUUGGCCCGAUUCUGGGGAGCAGACUUUUGAAGGGAAUCUUCUACCUAAUGGUGAAUGGUCGCUUUGGGACAAAUGCCUUGGUGUGGGACUAGUCAAUCGGUUCAAUGUCAAUGAGGUCUUCAAGUGUUUGAUCCACUGGGGAACCGGAACGGUUAAUCUGGAGCUGUGGUCAGAAGAGCGGCCCGUUUCCAAAGAGUCCCCUUUGAAGGUGUCCCAUGAAUAUGAGGUUGUAAGAAUGUCCUGAAUUUUCCAUAUUCCACUGUGACGCUAAGAAAACUGAGAAGUCUGAAUAAAUAUUUGAGCUUGCUCUGGUUGUUGAUUCGCACGUCUAGAAAAUUAUGUUGUCGCAGUGUUUUGACUGAACAACAGGAGCAUUAUCGCGAAGGUGAAAGUGAAUUUAUGUGUGCUAUGCUAA